AUGCCCUAUACCAGUACUGACUCGGACUCACACCUACCUGGCUUAAGCGAAGCUGAAGCUCUCCUCAUAGUCGCUAGAAUUGAGGAGUUGUGUGAAGGUGGAAGCAGCACACCCAGCACUCCACAUAGCCAUGAUUAUGAGCCGUGCCUCGGUGGCCAAUCCCAUGGCCAAGGCGCCCCCGUAUACAGUUGCGGGUGCUACCGUCGCACGAAAGUUGAACCUGCACUUGCACUCGCAGAUGCACUCGCAGAUGUAUCCAAACACCAGGAACUUGAACGGGAUGUCGAUAGUUUGACCACACAAGUUGGAGGCCGUAGCAGUGACUCGGAAAUUCGGCCCCUGAAGCACAAGAGGUCAACGAUGGCCUCUGAGUCUGACUCCGUGGGAGGAACGACACCACACCGCUUUGGGCGAAACCUGACCAAUGUCCAACGCGCUCAAUCAGUCCCAGCACUUGAAGCGCCAAAGCGUAGGAAGUUGGGAAGCCCCUUUGAAUUUAAUGGAGGUACGACUCAUGAAACCUCAGUACUUAAUGUUGUGAAACGCCUCGAAGCUGCCAUUGACAGGCAAACAGAAGUGCUGUCCAAGAUUCAUCGCAUUCUGGAGGGCAGUGCCAAGUAA